AUGGCUCCAUAUGAAGCUCUGUCUCCUAUCUGUGGGGCUGAGAGGUUGAAAACUGUACAAAGUUGCCAAAAGAGCUAUGCAGAUGUCCGAAGGCGAGAUAGAGAAUACGAAGUUGGGGAUCGUGUGUUCAUAAAGAUAACUCUAAUGAAAGGUCAGAUGCAAUUUGGGGUAAAAGGCAAGUUAACACCAAGAUAUGUUGGGCCAUAUGAAAUUCUCGAGAAGAUCAAUUCGGAUGAUUACACGUACGAAGAGAUGCCAAUACAGAUCGUUAACCGCCGAAUCAAGAGAUUGAGAAACAGGAAAAUUCCAUUGGUAAAGGUCGAUUAG